AUGCGGGCCUUCCUGGUGAGACCUGAGUGCAUCCUGUGCUUGUCUUCAGCCUUAUCAGUCAUGGCUCAGCUCGCAGACAACUUCUCGCUGAGGAUUAAUCAAGUACAUCUGACCCCCUCACACUUGAAGCACCGCACUGAGGGUCUAAAAGUUAAGGGCUCAAACUUCACACUAGAUGGUUUUCCAUUCCUGAUUGUGGCGGGCACUAUCCACUACUUCCGGGUACCCAGAGAGUACUGGAGGGACCGCUUGCUGAAGCUGAAGGCUGGUGGCUUCAACACCGUCACCACGCAUGUUCCCUGGAACCUCCAUGAGCCAAUGAAAGGACAAUUUUAUUUCGCUAAAAACUUGGAUUUAAAGGUUUUUAUAUUCACAGCUUCAGAGGUAGGACUGUGGGUCAUUCUAUGUCCAGGCCCUUAUGUCGGUGGCGACCUAGACCUUGGAGGCUUGCCCAGCUGGUUACUCCGGGAUCCAAGAAUGAAGCUGAGAACAACUUACAAGGGUUUCACUAAAGCUGUAAAUCUUUAUUUUGAUCAGCUGAUUCCCAGGAUAGCAUCACUACAGUACCACAAGGGAGGUCCCAUCAUUGCUGUGCAGAUAGAGAAUGAAUAUGGUUCAUAUUAUAAGGAUAAAAAAUACAUGAAAUAUAUUAAAAAGGCUCUGGUGGAAAGAAAGAUCGAGGUGCUACUUAUGACUGCUGAUGAUGGACAAGAAGUGACAAAGGGCCACUUAAAAAACGUGCUUGCUACUCUUCAUAUGAAGAAUAUCUACAAAGAAACUUAUCGAAAACUUUUUUCGUUUCAGGGUCUUAGUCCUGUAUUAAUGACAGUAUAUACAGCAAGCUCCUUUGACACAUGGGGCCUUAUCCGCCGCACUCUUGAUUUGCACAUGUUGUUGAAAGAUGUGCGUGAAAUGUUCACACUUAGGUUUUCCCUCAACUUCUAUAUGUUCCAUGGUGGCACCAACUUUGGCUUCAUGGGCGGAGCUAUGUCUUCAAAAAACUAUGUCUCUGUGGUCACCAGCUACGACUAUGGGGCACUGCUGACAGAGGAUGGAGACUACACCCCUGAAUACCUCACAUUUCAAGAGUAUUUUAGCUCUGUCCUAGUGGUUCCCACACACCUCCAACCAGAACGUAAACCUAAGGCUGUGUAUAACACAGUGAUACCAUCACACUACUUGUCACUGUGGGAUAUCCUGCCCUACCUGGAGGAGCCAAUUCAAUCUGUCAAGCCAAUCUGCAUGGAGGAGCUGCCUGUGAACCAAGGUAGUGGGCAGUCCACAGGAUACACACUGUAUGCGACUUCCAUAACCACUGGAGGCAUCCUCACAUCAAGGGGUAAUGUUCAAGAUCGGGCUCAGGUGUUUUUGGAUGAAAAGUAUGUAGGAGUCUUGGAUCAUUCCACUGAUCACCUGACCCUUCCCUUCAAAAAUAAGGAUGCCAAGGGGUGCCCACUCUGGCUGGUCUGUCUUGAGCAGAGCUACAGGAACUACUGGACUCUAAGUAUCCUGGUGGAGAAUCAAGGCCGGAUUGCCUAUGGGCAGAAUAUCAAUAAGGAGAGAAAAGGUUUAACUGGGAACAUCUAUCUGAAUAAUUCCCCAUUAAGGGGAUUUAAGAUCUUCAGCCUGGAGAUGAAGGCUAAUUUCAUACAAAGGGGCCUUCCUAACCUGUGGAAACCAUUACCAAAUCAAGUUUCGGGCCCUGCCUUCUUCCUUGGUUUCCUGAGAGUUGAUCACACCCCCAGAGACACUUUCAUAAAACUGAAGGGCUGGAAAAAAGGAGUAAUUUUUAUCAAUGGACAAAACCUAGGGCGCUACUGGGAGAUAGGUCCCCAGGAAACUUUUUACCUUCCGGGACCCUGGCUUCAUCCAGGAAAAAAUGAGAUCAUCGUGUUUGAGGAAAUGAAAGCUGGUCCUGACAUUCAGUUCACAAACAUAUCUCACCUAGCCCUAGCAGAGGCAGAGAGAGCUGUCUGGAUAGCCGAUUGUCACAAUGGCACCAAUCCAAAGCAUUCAGACCACCAGGAGACCAGGCUCCUUUUUGCUUGUCCAAACUCUCACCCCUGCAGCGAUGGCAGCAGAAGAGCAGAAUGUCACCUUUGCUGCACAACCCUUUUCCAAACUCCUUCUCAGACUUUCCCGUAA